UCGAUCCAUCUUGACAUUCUUUCGCAGAGUCCUCGUUUCGUAUCAUCAACGCAUUUUUUCCAUGGCGAUUCGCAUUCUCUUCCUUGGGCUUGCAGCUCUUGUAAUUACUGUCGCCGUGGCGGAUGAGAGUCCCCUUCAAGAUUUUUGUGUCGCUGGCCCUUCCAAUGGAGUUUUUGUGAAUGGGUUCGCAUGCAAAGACCCCAAAAUGGUCCAAGCCAACGACUUCUACUUCGGAGGACUUCACUUAGCCGGCAAUGUAUCAAACCCGGUCGGAUCAAAAGUGACUCCCGUGACCGUGGUUCAAGUGCCGGGGCUCAACACGCUUGGCAUCUCGCUUGCUCGGAUCGACUACUCGCCGUGGGGCAUCAACCCGCCCCACACACAUCCCCGCGCUUCAGAGAUCUUGACGGUCAUUGAAGGUACUCUCGAGGUUGGGUUCGUCACCUCCAACCCUGACAACCGUCUCAUCACGAAGGUCCUCUACAAGGGCGACGUUUUCGUUUUCCCCGUGGGACUCAUCCAUUUCCAGAGGAACGUUGGAUACAGCAAUGCCAUCGCCAUUGCGGCUCUCGGCAGCCAGAACCCCGGCGUCAUCACGAUCGCAAAUGCGGUUUUCGGAUCCAAUCCAGAUAUCGCAACAGACAUUCUUGCCAAGGCAUUCCAAGUCGAUAAGAGUAUCGCUGGUCAGAUCCAGUCCAAGUUCUAGAAACUGAAAUUCGAGAUUCAUUUGCUUCUUAAGGAUACCCUUGUGUCUCUGGACAUUUAGGACCAAUUAUCUGUUCAUUGUUGUUGUCCAUUAUCUAUUCAAUCUCGCGUCAUUAUUCUGUCUGGAGAAUCACGUCAAUUAAUGCAUUGUUUGUGC